AUGGUAGCAAGAAAACAACAACACAAAGAGGAGAGAAAGAAGGAGAGGGAGAGAGAAAGAGAACAAAGAAGACAGGAACGUACAGACGAUCAACACCCAAUCAAAAACAUUGGCAAGUACUUUGGUCAACGCUCAUCCGGAGUAGACAAACCACUUCAAGUCAACCGUCUUACCAGUAGCAGUGAAACUGUUACCAUUACAAUUGAAAAUCAACAAGCUAUCAAAGAAAAGAUUAUUCAACAAGUAGAUGUUUAUUUACGUUGUAGUAUGGAUAAAGAUGGAUGGGUACCAUUGUCACUUGUUUGUAGAUUCAAUCGUAUGAGAGUGUAUGAUAUCAACGAGGUGGCCGAUGCUUUGAAAUCAUCAGAUGUCGUCCAGGUCAAUGACGACGGCACCAGCGUACGUUGUGCAGCCGACAACCGUUCCAUGUGGCUCCUCAACGAAGAAUUCAAGAAUGGUCUCAAACAUAAUAGUAAUCAAGAUGAUGAGAAUCAACCAGAUCAACAACAAGAUACUGAAGGAUGGGUUAAUGUCACAUCUGGAGGAAAGAAACAUAUUAUUAAUAAUAAUAACAGUACUGUUCAUAUCGUACCAUCAAUCAAACAACAAGAACCUCAACAACAGCUCCAACAACAACAACAACAAAGAGAAGAAGCAAUCUUUGAUUUAUCAUCAGAUGAAGAUCAACAUGAAUUCUUUAGCAAGGAAAGACGUGAUUUUGAAACAAGAGAAUUACCAAUCAAUCAACACCAACAACAAGAACAACAAGAUGAAUCAGAUCAAGAAGAAUUAUUAUCACAAUCUGAUUAUUCAGAAGAGGAUGAUGAAUAUUCUUCAUCAGAAUAUUCAGAUGAAGAUGAGAUUGAUGAAGCAGAAAUUAGUAAAUUAAUUAUUGUUACACAAUCACCAUAUAGAAAGAAGGGUAAAUCCAAUAAUAGAAAGGGAUUCUCUUGUGAAAUUGCAUCGAUCAUUAAUGAUGGUUUAUACUUUUACGAACAAGACCUCAAAAAGAAAAAGAACCAAGUUCCACAAAACUAUGCUACUGUCACGGUUGCCAAGAAGUCAAGCAGCGCAGCAGUCACUCGUCUCUACUCUCCCAAUGUCAGCAGCAAGAAAUCCAAGGGACAGACUGUUCCACCACCCAUUGGUUGGAUCAUGUCUCCAGUCGCUCCAGAGGAGGAUUCCAGUGCUUCAUCACCCUCAGACUCUUCAAUCAAUUUGCUUAGUAUGUCUCCCCUCCCAUUAUCAUUCAAGGAUAAUAUGAUGACAUCAACUAGUUCUUCCACCACUACUAGUACUACAUCUACAUCUACCAAUGCUUCAUCUUCUGGAAAUGAAGAAAUUCCAUUCUUCCAACACCCAUCACACGAAUUACUUCAAGAGAAUGGAUUUGUUCAACACAAGUAUGACAAGUUUAGAUCAAAGUGUCUCAAGGAACGUAAACGUUUGGGAAUGGGACAGUCUGCUGAAACCAACACAUUGUAUCGUUUCUGGUCACAUUUCUUGCGUACCCACUUUAAUGCCAAGAUGUACCAAGAGUUUAAACAGAUUGCUUUGGAGGAUGCCCAACACAACUUUAGAUAUGGUCUAGAGUGUAUCUUUAGAUUCUUGUCGUAUGGUUUGGAGCGCAAGUACCGUCUCGACAUCUUUACCGAUUUCAUGACACUCACUCUCCAAGACAUCUCUGAUGGCUACCUCUAUGGUUUGGAAAAGUUUUGGGCAUACCUCAAGUACCGCAAGGAAAAGGGUCAUCUCAACAUCCUCCCCGAAUUACAAGUCCAUCUUGACCGAUUCAAAAGUAUCGAUGAUUUUAAAAAGGCUCAAAAGAAAUCAUCAAAUUCUUCAUCAUCAAACAAACAAUCUUCAUCAUCAUCAUCAUCAAACAAACCAAAUUAUCGUAAUCAACAUCAAAAUACCAAUCUUCAACAAAACAAUAAUAGUCAUCCUCGUACCUUUAACCAAUCUCGUGGCAGCAAUAGCAGCAGUCAUGUUAAAAAGGAUGUGAUUGUUGGACACAACAAUAUCGUUGUUCCAGCAGCUCCAUAUGUCUAUGGCGGCAGCAGCAGUUUCGGCAGUGGUAAAAAGGUAGGAGGACCAAGUGGCUCUGUAUUCUUUGGAGGCAGCAACAACAACAAUAGUGGUGGUGCCUAUAAAAAGAAUCAAUUCUCUUCUUCUUCUUCAUUGGCUUGGGGACCUAAAUCAAAUAACAAGGUCUCUGAACCACAAUCCAAAAAUUGCCCAUUUUAA